UUUUACAAAAGGCUGAAUCUUCGCGAGUAUAAUAAAAUUUUGUCCGCGGUACUGCGCGAUAGUUCUCGAUGAUUUUUAUACAAUUAAAAUAUUAAUAUUGGACCAAUUAAUAAUUAGUUUGUGUAGUUACGUAAUUAAAUAAUAAACAAAUAAAUUUUUUAGGUAAAAAUCCAUAAUAAAUAAAUAUAAAUUAUCGUCCACGAGAAAGUGGCAGCAAGAUAAUAAAAUAAAUCGAAUCUAUACACAAAGUUAUAUACACAUAUCUAUAUAAUAUAACGAGGGCCAACGGCCGGGUGAUGCGCGCAUAUGUCUAGGCUCGGGAGGACCCAGCCUCUGGCAAUAGGACAGGUGAAGAGGUCCGCGGUUGAGCAUCAUCACCACAACCAUCACAAUCACAAUCACUACGGUCCCAGCACCAGUGGUAGUAAUAAUAGCAGCAGCAGCAGCAGUUCCACCUCCAGCACCAGCAAUAAUUUAAAUCAGCAGCAUCAACAUUCAGCAGCAGCAGCAUCGUUGCUGAGUGGCUACGGUGGUGGCCCGUCAAAACGUUUCAGACACAACAACCCCUCUACCUCAACCUCAGCAUCAACAUCAACCAGCAUUCACGACGACGACGACGACGACGAGGAAUUCGAAACCAGUAUGACUGACACGGCAACAGCUACCACUGAGAAGAGAGCUAACUUUUCGGCGCUACAUGUUUCUAAUCCAAAUGGAGUCAAUAAAUUGUCCAAUGUCGCAAACUCCAAACCAGGAUCUGCUAAAAAACUUAUUAUUAAAAAUUUCAAAAACAAACCAAAACUGCCAGAUAAUUACCAGGAAGAGACAUGGGAAAAAUUGCGAGAAGCUGUGGUUGCUAUACAAACAAGCAAGAGCAUACGUUAUUCGUUAGAAGAUUUAUAUCAGGCUGUUGAAAAUAUGUGUAAUCACAAAAUGGCAUCGACGUUGUACGCAAAUCUUACGGUACUCACUGAGUCACACGUCAAGGCGAACAUUGAACAAUUUUUAGCAGAGUCUAUGGAUCGUCAUAUAUUUUUAAAAAAGAUGAAUGAAUGUUGGCAGAGUCAUUGUCGUCAGAUGAUCAUGAUUCGCAGUAUCUUUUUGUACCUGGAUAGAACAUACGUUUUACAGAAUCCCACAAUCUCAUCUAUUUGGGACAUGGGUCUACAUCUCUUCAGAAUGCAUAUAGUUUUAAAUAAUCUCGUGCAGACAAGAACAGUCGAAGGACUGCUGAUGCUGAUUGAAAAAGAACGUCAAGGUGAUACAGUCGAUCGCACGCUGCUGAAAUCACUACUAAGAAUGCUGUCAGAUCUGCAAAUCUAUCAGGAAGCCUUUGAGACCAAGUUCCUGAUGGCGACUGAGCGGCUUUACGCUGCGGAAGGCCAGCGACUGAUGAACGAGCACGACGUCCCGGAGUAUCUUGCUCACGUGGACAAACGUCUGCAAGAAGAAAACGAGCGGUUACUUCACUAUCUCGAUAUGUCGACCAAGUGGUCACUGAUUCACACAGUAGAGAAGCAGCUGCUGUCCGAGCAUGUCACCAGUAUUUUACAGAAAGGCCUCAGCGGAUUACUGGACGAAAAUCGUAUCAGCGAUCUCUCCUUGCUGUACAAUUUAUACAGCCGUGUGAAGAACGGUCUCGUCGAGCUGUGCGUUAAUUUCAACGCUUAUAUAAAGAAGAAAGGCAAGACGAUAGUGAUUGACCCGGAAAAGGACAAGACAAUGGUCCAGGAGUUACUAGACUUUAAAGAUAAGAUGGACAAUAUUGUUAAUACGUGUUUCUACAGAAAUGAAAAGUUUGGUAACAGUUUAAAAGAAGCCUUCGAGGCUUUCAUUAAUCAGCGUGCUAAUAAACCCGCUGAAUUGAUAGCCAAGUUUGUAGAUAUGAAACUCCGUGCGGGUAAUAAAGAAGCAACUGAAGAAGAAUUAGAACGAUUGUUAGAUAAAAUAAUGGUGUUAUUCCGUUUUAUUCAUGGUAAGGAUGUGUUCGAAGCUUUCUACAAGAAAGACUUAGCCAAAAGAUUGCUGGUGGGUAAAUCGGCGUCCGUCGAUGCGGAAAAGUCAAUGCUGUCGAAGCUGAAACAAGAGUGCGGUGGUGGAUUCACCAGCAAGCUUGAGGGAAUGUUCAAGGACAUGGAACUUAGUAAGGAUAUAAAUAUCGCGUUUAAACAGUACUCGGGUAAUUUGCAGCAUGAAAUAGUUGCUAAUAAUUUGGACUUGACGGUCUCUAUCCUGACAAUGGGCUACUGGCCAACGUAUCCGGUUAUGGAGGUGACACUACCCUCGGAAAUGGUCCAGUAUCAGGAAGUAUUUAAUAAAUUUUACUUGGGCAAACACAGUGGACGUAAACUACAGUGGCAACCGACUUUGGGACACUGUGUCCUUAAAGCCUGGUUCCAUGCUGGUAACAAAGAGCUUCAGGUCUCGCUGUUCCAAGCUCUUGUGCUUAUUUUAUUUAAUGACACUGAUGAUUUAUCACUUGAAGAAAUAAAAGCCGCGACUAAUAUUGAAGACGGUGAAUUACGAAGGACUUUGCAGUCACUUGCUUGUGGUAAAGCUAGAGUAUUGCAAAAAAAUCCACGCGGGCGUGAUGUUGCUGAUAACGAUCGUUUUGUCUUCCAUGCUGAUUUUACUAAUAAACUUUUUAGAAUUAAAAUUAAUCAGAUUCAAAUGAAGGAGACGAAUGAAGAACAGAAAGCAACUGAAGAAAGAGUUUAUCAAGACAGACAAUAUCAGAUAGAUGCUGCUAUUGUGAGGAUUAUGAAAAUGAGAAAGACGUUAACGCAUAAUCUUCUUAUUAGUGAACUUUACAAUCAGCUUAAAUUCCCUGUGAAGCCGGCAGAUUUAAAGAAAAGAAUCGAGUCAUUAAUAGAUCGCGACUACAUGGAACGGGACAAGGACAAUGCAAAUCAGUACAAUUACGUUGCGUAACCACAACCACUUGCCAAAGUAACGUUUAACUCAUGGGAAUUGUGUGUUAGAAUUAAAAACAUCACCAUAAAAUAAAUGAAAAGUAAAUAAUGAUAAAUAAAAAAUAUAAAUAAGUCAAGGUAACAGAAGCGGAACGACUGUCUUCACUGGCUUUGCACGCUAAAGUUUAAAAUUAAAUAAAUAAGCAAUAAAAUUUAUCACUCAAUGACGUCAAAUACGACAGAGAAUCUGGACUUUUUUUUUAUUUUAUCCAUCAGUGAUCAAGUGAAUGAUUUAAUGCAGCUUCAAAAAUUACAUUAUACAGUGGAAUGAUAACUAUUUUAUUAUUAUUUUUUUAUUUUUUCCAGCUCGAUUUAUUCAUUUAUUAUCAGACUUUAUUUUUUUUCUUAUACUCUAGUGUUUGUACUCGGGUUUAUUUUUUGUUUAUUGAAAUAAUAACAAAUUGUAAUUAUAAAUUACAGCUCAAUAAUGUUUGCUUGAGCUUGCAAUGAGAUAUGAACUUUAUAAUGAUUAAUGAUAAAUAAUUACACUUAAGAGACUGUUUGUACGAGUGAAAGUGUUCAGUGUUUUCAGUGCGUAGACGUCGACUUAAUUCAGAUAAGAAAUAAUUAAUUAAUUAAUUAAUUAAAAUUAUAAUAAAAAAAAAGCUAAAAAAAAAAAAAAAACAAAUAAAAUUUUUCCAUUGAAGUAAUCAACAAAGUGAACUACUAUAGGAUACAAAUGUAUAAAAAAAAAAAAAUUAUUACUUACAUUUAAUAUCAUCAUUUAUAAAUAACAAAGCAUUAUAAUUAUUAAUUAUUAAAUAAUAAGAUUAUUAUUAUUAAAAACAACAAAACAUUUUAAAAGAUGCGAUGUCAUUUGGCUUUUCGUAAUCGUCUCAUUAUUUAUAAAAUUUGUUUAUUGAUUAAAUAAAAUAAUAAACCGCGGCCGGAUUAUUUUUAAAAAAAUUUUUCAUUUCAAUUUUAAUGGCGGGAGAUUUAAAAUUUUAAAUAUCUGGCAUACGGUAAUGAUAUUUUGAUACAAACACAGUAACUAGUCGUUAAUCAUGGAUAUUAUUUUUGAAAUAUAUAUAUUUAGUGACAUUGUUUAAAAUUACUACGAAAUUAUUAUUUUAGUUACGCAUUAUAAUUUAUAUCAAUGACUUUGUCGAUAAUGAAUAAAUAAAUAAAUGAAAAUACAAAACUAUGUACUGUGUUUGUGUCUUAUGCUUAAUGUGGAACUUAUUAUUUAAAAUGUGUAAUAUUUCGUAGGAUUUAUCAAAGGAAUGUAAAUAGGGUAAGAUAAAAAACAACAAAUAAUAAUAAUAAUAAUAAUAAUAAUAAUAAUAAUAAUAAGUAAAAAUA